UCGCUUGCCCUCCGUUGCGAUUCCCGAAAUAACCUCUCUUUAUGGCAUUCCGAAUUUUGGGAAUCGAGCCAGCAGCCGGGAUUACUAAUUGCACGCGAUAUAUAAUUACCAUAUUAUAUUCACGCGUUACGUAACUGUCACACUUCGGUUGCCACGGUAUUGGUGUUAUUUCAAUUUUUAUUCGAAAACGUGAUUCAUGCUGACGGUUUCACACACCUCUUGGCAUACGGCAAACAGGCGAACAUGUUCGAUCAGAGGAUUAUAGCAAUCUGUUUCCUAGUAUGCUUUGCGAUAGUGUUCAACUUCUCCCUUCAUCGAAUAGAGGAGGGUCAUGUGGGGGUAUACUUUCGGGGUGGCGCACUCUUGCCCUAUGUGAGCAAUCCAGGAUUUCACAUGAUGAUACCACUACUCACAACGUAUCGCUCGGUUCAAGUAACUUUGCAGACGGACGAAGUGAAAAAUGUGCCAUGUGGAACCAGUGGUGGCGUAAUGAUCUACUUUGAUCGUAUAGAAGUCGUUAAUAUAUUAGACGCAAACAGCGUGUACAAUAUGGUGAGGAACUUUACAGCGGAUUAUGAUCGCACCUUGAUUUUUAACAAAGUGCAUCACGAAUUAAACCAAUUCUGCUCUGUACAUACACUGCACGAAGUAUAUAUCGACUUGUUUGAUCAAAUCGACGAGAACCUGAAGACUGCACUUCAAAGAGACUUGAAUGAAUUAGCGCCUGGUCUUAAUAUACAAGCCGUUAGAGUGACGAAACCAAAGAUUCCUGAAACAAUCAGGAAAAACUACGAAUUAAUGGAGGCAGAGAAGACAAAACUGUUGAUAUCCACGCAACAUCAGAAAGUAGUGGAGAAGGAUGCUGAGACCGAUCGCAAAAAGGCCGUCAUCGAAGCUGAAAAGGAAGCGCAAGUCGCAAAGAUUCAGUACGGUCAGAAGAUCAUGGAGAAGGAAUCCCUGCAGCAGAUGGCCGCGAUAGAGGACAAGAUGCAUCUCGCGAGACAAAAGAGUCGCUCGGAUGCCGAGUUUUAUCAAAUGAAAAUGCAAGCCGAGGCGAACAGGCUGCUCCUGUCUAAAGAAUUCUUAGAGCUCAAGAAAUACGAGUCACUGGCGCGCAACGCCAAGAUAUACUACGGGCAAGACAUUCCAAAAAUGUUUGCGUAUGGAGGUUGUACGAGUGAUCCCAGUUUCGAUUCCAGUACAAACAUUGAAGAGAAAAAAUUAUGAGCGCGUUGGUUGAUGUAUUAUUGUAAUUCAAGUCUUAUUUCCACACUAACGACACAGAAUGGGACGGUUGAUUUGACUUUUCCGAUAUUCCUACAAGAUACAAAAAUUUACAUUACAAAGUUUCGGGAAAUACAACUUAUAACAGUGCACAAUACACAGUGUAAAUAGGGUAUAUAAAAAUGUAGAAUUUUCAGCAUUAUUUGUUCGUUUAAAUUGUGUGGAAUUAAUAUUUCGUGUACUUGUAUUUAUGAACAAUUCACACACAUACACAUGGAUACUGUUUUUGUAAAAAUGAAUGUCUUAAGUCAUAAAUUAUGAUUGCUCACAA